CUGCAGAACCUGACCUAAAAAAGCGCAUUCGUGUUCACUUACUUAAUGCACAUGGUCUUGAUGAAGCUGGUAUUGAUGGUGGUGGAAUUUUCAGAGAAUUUCUGAAUGAACUACUUAAAUCGGGAUUUAACCCUAACCAGGGAUUUUUUAAGACCACCAAUGAGGGACUUCUUUACCCUAACCCUGCUGCACAGAUGCUCGUUGGAGACUCUUAUGCCCGACAUUACUACUUUCUUGGAAGAAUGCUUGGAAAGGCUCUUUAUGAAAAUAUGCUGGUAGAGCUGCCAUUUGCUAGUUUUUUCCUCUCAAAAUUACUGGGGACAAGUGCUGAUGUUGACAUUCAUCAUUUAGCUUCAUUAGAUCCAGAAAUGUACAAAAAUUUGCUUUUUCUCAAGAGCUAUGAGGGGGAUGUGGAAGAACUUGGGCUGAACUUCACUGUGGUAAAUAAUGACCUUGGGGAAGCACAGGUGGUUGAGCUGAAGCCAGGUGGAAAAGAUAUUCCUGUUACCAGCGCUAACCGAAUCGCGUACAUCCAUCUCGUGGCAGACUACAGGUUAAACAAACAAAUUCGACAGCAUUGCCUUGCUUUCCGUCAGGGACUGGCCAAUGUUGUGAAUCUUGAAUGGCUUCGAAUGUUCGAUCAACAGGAAAUACAGGUUCUGAUUUCUGGUGCCCAGGUUCCUAUUAGUUUGGAUGACCUUAAAUCUUUCACAAACUAUUCCGGUGGCUACACAGCAGACCAUCCUGUAAUUAAAAUAUUCUGGAGAGUUGUGGAAAGCUUCACGGAUGAAGAGAAACGCAAACUACUCAAGUUUGUAACAAGCUGCUCUCGACCGCCUCUUCUGGGGUUUAAGGAGUUAUAUCCUGCAUUUUGCAUUCACAAUGGAGGAUCUGAUUUAGACAGGCUACCUACUGCCAGUACCUGCAUGAACUUGCUGAAGCUUCCUGAAUUUUAUGACGAAAAUCUUAUGCGAAGCAAGCUUCUUUAUGCCAUUGAAUGUGCUGCUGGAUUUGAAUUGAGCUGAGUCGAACUGAUGCUUAUUUGGAUGAUCUGCAGAGGAACUAACCAGUGCCUACUCUAUAAGCAGCACCCAUACCCAAGCAGUUUUAAGGGAAUUCUGUCUAGAUUUCUGCAGCUCUUGUGUCUUAUCAAAUGCCCUCAAAUAGGUUUCAUUUUUAAACGCGAUUUCUUAGUUAGCUUUCAUUAAUUAAUAUUACAUUGACACUGCUUUAUGAUUCAAAAACAAUGAAUGCUGUGUGCAGUGUGGGUGUUUUCUGUGUUUAUGCGAAGAAAGAGCACAUUUAAAGGACAGUGACAUCUCAGUGAAAUUAACCAAAGAUGAAGCUUUGGCUUUGUGCUGUUCAAACAUAAAUAAUUUCACAAACUGGCAAUAAAGUUGUGUACCAUGCAGCGCAUUGGGAUGAGACAGGGUUAACAUCCUGUAAUUAAUCUUUUAGAUGGAAGUGAAGCAGAUGUUUGCAGAUAUCCCAGAACUGAGGGGAUGAAAAUGCUCAUUACCAAUAACCUAACAUCUUUACUUAUGUUGUAGAAUUGUUUACAAAUCACAGUUGUUGCAGAACUAUUUUGUUUUAUACUACCUUCCCUCAAGAUGGUAGGCACUGAGAAAAAACAUUUAUAAUAUUCCAUUUGUGUUUUCUGAAAUACCUUGGAGAAAUCGGAUUUGCAUUAUUUUAAGUUCAACCUUUGGCUGCGUCAUUAUCACUUGAACAGUCGUGAAUGGAUGUGACUAUCCAUGUUUUCUCUGUUCUGUUUCUGUCUUGUGCCUGUACAGAUUUUUUUUUUUUUUAAAUGUAUCGGACUCCUAUUGCAUACACAAUACAUACAAAAGUCAUCACUUUGGAAAAAUAUACAUGUAACAACUAUUAAAAUUAUUUGAAC